UUAUUGCCUCUCACUCCAAUCACAACGUACCGCGCUUGCCAGAUUUAAAUCCCUCGCAGAUGACCGGGGGUGGAGACGCAAAGUGGAACUAAUCAUCCGUAACCGCACCCGUACCGUCACUUAGUCUCCUUACCGUCACUUUCUGCCCCUCCCCAUGACGCCAUGUUGGCUCUUUGGUUGGUUUCCCCCGCAAGCUAACGGUCGAAUAGAGUUGCUUCUUCCCUGGUUAGGGCCUUCAAUUUUCAGGGGAAAUUCGACGAUUUUCCUCAGAGAAGAACAAAAAUUAAUAGAUGAAAACUGUGUACCGAAAAGGAAAAGAAAAGCAAAACCCAAAGAUUAACAACGGAAGCUCUCGCAUGAUUUGUUACCAGUUGAGGGGUCGGAUAGACGUCGAUCCGGAGUGCGUAACGACCACUCCUACGACUGUAUUGACCGAUCUGAGGUCCUGUUGAAAUCGUCCCACUGUGGGUUGGGGAAGAAACCGAGAAAAAAAAAAUAAUAAAAAAAGAAAACAAAACAAAAUUAAGAGUCAAACACAAAGAACGAAGAAAAAAAAUAUAAAUCCCUCAAUGGCACUUUCUCCACGAUCCUCCGUCUCAGACUCUUCCUCGUCACCUUCGCUCUAUCCUUCGUCUUGCAGUUCCCUUCAUUCUCCGCCAUUACUGAGUGCCAAUCUCUCAUCAUCUUCCUGGUCGCCGCCUUCUCGUCACCCUUCAACUGUUUGUGCUCAAGACCAGUUAGAAAGCUUAAUUGCCAGACACGGUCACCCCACUCGAGUAUCGCUGUCGUCCUUGGAAGAAUUAACGGCAACCUCUUCCACAUAUAAUCCUCCUUCCUCCCGGUCUCCGUCACCUCUCUCAGAAACUACGGACUCUUUGGAGACUCUCUCCCUCUCGACCUCUAUCUCGAGGCCCAUCCCCAUCCCCAAGCCGUCCUUCCACACGCACCAGGACGACCUCCCCGUCACUCCUUUGACAGGCCGGUUCGACAAGGGCUAUUAUUUCGCCCAUCGUGACCAGGCGUAUAACAAGGUCCGAGAGAAGCCGACUCAUCACAGAAGUCGCCCACACCCUCAUCCCUCCCUCCGUCCAUCAGCCAGAGCCAGAAUGCGUUCAGAUAGUUCCACGUUCUACUCACCCGUGGUCACUUCCUCCAUGUCUCCCUCUGCACGUUCUUCCUCUCCUCAACCACCCCGUUCCCGGACGCAGAAUCCCACCAAAUCCGUUCCAGCCUUCCAUCUAAGCAACCUGCCCCGAUUUCAUCCGGCGGUCUACUCAGCAGCCGGUUCUCAGGGACAACCUCCCUCCCCACGUCAACCGCGGCCCUCUGCCUACCGCACCACCUCGGGCUCCCGGGACGCGAUGUGGCAGUAUCAGGAACUCGUCGAGGGUGUGACCUUGUCGAAGACACCCUCCCGGCCACUCUCACCAAGUCCGUCGGCCCCCCGCUUGGACCCUCUCCGCAGUCCUGGGCCAGUCACCCCCCUCGCCCUGGAAGAGGCAAGUGGCUACCUGAUCUCGGGAACGUCCAACUCUUCCCCUUUUGCUUCACGAGAUGCCCAAUCCGGUCCGGCACCCGACUUAAUCGAUCGGCUGAUCGUCCGUGAGACCGAGCGGGCCCGUCAAGGUGCCAAGAAAGGCACCAAGACUCGAUAUUAACGUUCGCCGUCCGGAGGGAGAUUUUUCUACCACGCAGAGCCGGGCGGUGACCUGUUGUAGUUGCCGAGGACUGCCAGGACCUGCGGUUUCACAAACUCAUCAUCAUUCUCUGUUUCUUGUGUUCACCCUGGCUGUCGAGUCUAUAGACGAUCUCCAGACAUCGAACAGAUCGCUUUUGUGUGUACUACGAGCUGUUGUAUUUUAUACCCCACAUAGCCUUACAUUCUACUCUUUUCUAUGUUCUGUGUUGCUAUUACGAUUAUUGAUAUUUCUUGUUUCCGAUGUUCCUAUAUUCUCCACACAUAUCUGUUACCACGUGUUCGGGGGUUCUGGCAAUUGCAUUACCUCUAAAGAUCGAACAGAACCAGUCUGUUCUGCAUUUGUUUUACAAUGAAUUGACCAUCUCGAAACUCCGCAUUGUGCGAAGGGCGGUGAAAUAGAAAAAGAAUAGGAAAAGAAAGCAAAACAAACCACAUCUCACUGGGCAUUUGAUUGUUCAUUUUGUCAUUAUAUUCGGAAUAUAUAUUUGGGCUUCACAGCCGCUAGACAAUAGCAAACAAAUCUUUACCAACACGA